AUUUGUAGAAAUUUUUGUAAAUGUAUUGGCAGAUCAGUUGGUUCGAUUGUCCUCAAGCUCAUUUUUCGAGUGUGAAAAUUUGAAAUUAAUGAUAAAAGAUACAAAUAUAAGGUCGACUUUAGUAAGCACCUUGAUUGAUGUCUCCAAAGAUUUCGCCACAAGAUCGGUAAAAACAAAGGCAGCGCAACUAGAAUCGACUUCAACUGAUGAAGAUGCACGAUUGGGUACGAUAGUACAAUGGGAUGAUUCAAAUCAUUUAUUGGUAUUUUUCUUAUCGCAAACACCGGAUUCUGUUUGCGCCUUGUACCGAGAUAAAGUCAAAGUCCCGCAGAAUGUAAGAACUUUAUUGAAAAGUCAACACAUAGGAGACAAGAGUUGGGAAUUAGAAGAUUAUCAUGAGAUGAAUACAAAAGAACUUUUGGAGAAAUUGGAAUGCUUAGCUAGAAAAACAAUGCAUAAAAUUGA